AUGGCUCCGAUACGGUUAACCAAAGACUUUUCUACAUCUUCACUUAAGAGUCCAUCCGCUCCGCUCAGGGCCCAUUUAUCAACACACCAUGCGUCGACUCGACCACGGCCACUUUUGUUAGGGUCCAACAACCUGUCUAACAGAGAGUCAGGAUCCUCGGGGAUCCUAUCUAGUAACUUUGCAGCUUUAUCCGCUAGCCCUGAUGGGCGUCGCACUGCGUUUGCUCGUUGCCAAGAGCUGAAGGAAAUUGAUGUAGGUCUGCAGGUUUGCCUUCCAUCUCUGCCUUCUGCUUAUGAUAAUAACGGAUGUGAUGCUCAGCUCGUUCUAAUUCAUAACCUGGACACCCCGACAGUCAAUUCGCUGUCCUUGUAUGUGCCAGCAGCACCAGCGAGGUCGACAAUGCAUGCACACUGCUCAGAAAUGCGCGAGAGCAUCACUUCGCAGAUGAGUGUAAAGUUUCUUGUGGGAACAUUGGAGUCACUAGAUCUGCGGCUCAAUAGAGCGAGUGUGGAUGUACAUCUUGUUGCCAAAUCAAAUAGUGCAACGACAAUUCCAGAGACGAGCUUGUUGGAUCUACCUGAUGAAUUGGCAUUCUACAAAGCCAGAUUGCAAAAGUCUGACUUAGUUCUUCAUAGGGAAACAUAUAGUGUUCCCGUGUCUCGUCUGACCCUACUUCCAAGCAUGCGUCUAUUAGAAGAAGAAUACCCUGUUGAUUAUGGCGCUAACCCUUUUCUGAUGCCUUCCAGCAUCAAUGAGGCACUUUUUACGGUCACCAAUCCGUUUACUAGACAAAGUAUGGAGGUCAUACGGAACCCCCUUUUAGAUUCCUCUUCUCGUGCUUCCCCUCAGUUCAGAGAAGCCCUGCUCCACUCCUCUAGUGUCAAUCUUCAUGGAAUUAACAGGAACACCUCUCCAUAUCACGAUCGGCACUUAAUGAACGCUAGGCAAGCCUUGUCUAAUAUGACUCCUCAGACAUCUGCACUAUCAGGGAGUGUGACGGCUUUACAUGAUCUAUCCCUCAGCUGUGGCCAGGACAAGACGCUUGGAAGCAUAAUGGAUGACUUCACUCUUCAACGCACAACGAUCGAGAAGCGUGCCAGGAACAUGUUUCACUCUAGUUUGAAGUCUAGAAGGCAGUGUAGAGCCAGUUCUCUUCCUCAAAGGCUAUCAAGCAUCCCAAUUGUAACUGAUUCCGAAUGCUCCAUCGACGAGCUUUUCUCAGCAAAGGACGUUGUUGAAUCCGAGCUCUCCAAUGCCCUCGCUAAUGAUUUUGUUAAGACCAUUAUCCCUGAGCCCCAGGAGAAUUUCUAUACAAUUUGCAACUGGGAAAUUUCCAAGGCUGAUUCUUCGUACGAUAUCACCUUGGACACUGGAUAUUUGCAACACCCCGUUUUCUUCAGAACGUUGAGGCGCAUUAACUCUGUGGCGCAAGCCAUGGGCAUCUUCCCCGAGCGCUUGAGGCAAUUGCAAGUGGAUUAUUUGCAUGAAUAUAAACUCCAUCUUACUGCGGUCCACAACAAGCACCUUGCAGGGGUUCAGAAAAUAAGUCUUUCUACUCUCUUGUCUGUAGGGGAUAACUGGCUCACGAUGCCAGAGGAUCGGCGCCUACAGAUAUCUACUCAGUUGAAUGUUCUUGGCCUACUGCGAUAUGCUCCUGUCUCGCUGCAUUCUUACUAUUCGAGAUACUCUUUGACUUGUAUUAGAGAUGAGCUGAAUGCAUCGGACAGUCUCGACCACUUCUCCAGUGCCUUAAAGGAUCGCUAUCAACCCAUUCUCAUGUCUGUCUUGGAUCGACAAUCAAGCCUGAUAGCCCGUUUUAAGGCCGUUACUGCCCUAAGAAACUGUGUAACCUGGGGCUGUACUUAUCGGUCCACUGCUUUACCUGCUCUGCAGGACAUUUGUUCCAGAACAGGCCAACUGACCAACUAUUUCUUCAACAGCGAGUUUUCCGCGAUUGCGUCAAUGCUACAAAAGCUUCUCCUGCAGCUAAGAACAGAUGUUUCCGACCUUUCUGGCUUACACCUGCAAUGUGUUUGUGACUGUAACACAGAAGGUGAUGCGUUCCAGACACGACUUGGAAACGUUUGCCCAGAGGACCGGGGCUUAUUGUCAGAACUGGCAAGCACAUACCUCAAGAGCGCUCUUCACUUACGUAGCUAUAAUUACACUAAGGUACUAGAUAAGCUUGUACUGGCGGCAAAUCUCAUCGUUAAAAUCCUCCUUCACGAGCACACAGAUCAGCUUUUAUGCAUUAAGUCCCUCUUCUUUCUUUAUUGGCGAAGCAUAGUACCCUUUCAGCUUACAAUUAUCGCUGGGAAAUGUUACUAUCGUACAAUAAGCUACUUGAUUAAUUUAGAAUUUCAGAAGCACUAUUACUCUGAAGAAGACUAUAGUUCGGCUAUUCGCCAUAGAGGAGAGACCGCUUCAAGAGCUGUAUCUCGCGCUAAUACACGUCAGGCGGGCCGUAAUUUAACCGUGACUAACGAACUGAUUCGACAGAUCUUACUUCCUACCCCGAGACCUACGGAUUCCUAUGACGAUUAUGUUGAAGCCUGCAUAAAGCAUCAAUAUAUGGCAAUUCCCCAUUUACAGAAGUUGGCUGAGUCGGGCUUCCCGUUAGAGUGUCAAGCCCCCCGCAUGGAGGACGUGUUUGGACUAAUUGUAAAAAAGGAUUAUGCUAGACUAAGUUACAACCCAUCACGCGUAGGUUUGCAGCAACAACUACGUAUCGUGCUAUCCUGUCCAUUUCGAACUCUUCCAGAUACCUUCCUGAUUGCUGCAAGACACCUUUCGGCUGCAAUGUAUCCACUUCUCUUGGAUUUCACAAGCCUCUUCACCAGUACUAUUAUUGCCAACACCGACGUCUCUGAUCAGCGACAUCUACUGGAGCGCAGAGCAAUUAAACGCCUCAAGCGUGGACGGAGGACUUUAGCCGCAAAAAUAGACCAUGGUGAAAAGGACGUUUUGGGAAUUUCUGGCUUGUCUGGCAGUAAUAGUGAUUCUAGUCACAAUAGCGAGUCUGAGUUUGCGGACUCAGAAGAGGAUCUGUGUGUUACAGCCCCCCGGGGAGGUGUCUGCAUAGCUACUAGUAAUACUGACAUGCACGACAAUCUCGCCUUUCCAUCUGCUGCACGGGUGAUUUUGCGCCGCUUGUACCACCUUGGGUUUUCCCCAUCAAGCCUCGACUUUCCAGGAGUUCUCUAUCGGGUUACGCUAAAUCUGACUAUAACGUUUACGCGUCACCUGCGUCGUUGUAGUGUGGACAUUGUUUCUCCGAAAGCAAGGACAUUAUAUGGCUACUACUUUCACUCCAUACAGCAGUUGGAAGACUCUGUUUGCAGAAUAAGGAGCCAGCGAGAGGAUAUCCACAAGCAGAAGCAGAAGACAAUGAGGCUAGCUAUCGAGCGAGACAGCGAUCAGCUUACUAGGAACAAAUCUCUCACCAUUGAUGAUCUCUACUUGACUGCAAAGGCCGAUAAUGCACAGCUGUAUGCAUCUCUCGCUGUGCUAGACGCAGACUACGCCGAGCGUCUGAAGAGCGUCAAAAUUCCACUAGACUAUGAACUGCAGCAAGUUAUUUGGAAAAUGAAUGAUGCUAGCAAGAUUCUCUCAGAAGAAGACCUUAAAUUAGUGCAGCAUUCCACUCAAUCUCUUGUUGAGUCUAAACAAUCUGAAGAAGUAACGGCACUAACAGACGAUCUGGAGAGCCUUCUUGAAGAGAAUCGCCUUAAUGGGUACUAUUUUUCUUCAAACUGUGAUGCUUCUGAUCACCAGCUCAUAGUAGUUUACUCUCAGCCACACUCUUUGGCAGACGUUAUGGAUCCUGCCUUGACAUCCGAUCUGGUUUCUUCGCUGCUGAUUAGCUACGUGCCGCAGGUUGAGCGCUCUUUGGUACCUUUAUGGAAUCUUGCACUAGACCUUUCAACCAUUUUCUUCACUCUACCAAUCAUGGUCUCCCUCUAUUUCGACUACUUCUUUCCAACUACCCUCAAUAUAAAGCUCCAGUUAGAGAACCCGGCUUCACCAAACAAGAACACAAGCGCAUUGUCUCUUUCGCUAAUAGAUUUCUACUCAGAUACUUUUCAAGAUGAGGUGGCUUCGGCUAAGGGCUCCUGCUCCUCCAGAUUUUCUUCCACACGCAAAUCAACACGGAGCGCAGGAAAAUUGACUGUUACGGACAGGCAGCUCGACGCUCUCAAGCAUUUUUGUAACAUGGGGAUCUUUCCCUCCAGCAACUUAGAAGGAGAAGCUGUUGAGUUUCUGCGUCUCUGGAACACGUUAACUGAGUCAUCGUCACUUUCUACGCUGCUUUCCACACAAGAAGCAUUGGCCUUGCCAAAACCCCUUACCUUUAAGGACACCUUUUUGGCAGGAACCAGCCUCCAAGAACUGUACUUGGAUUCUUCGCAGUUUUCACUUAUGACUGGCACAGCGUUUGAGAACUUCGGUUAUUGCAGCUUUCUGCACAUUACUGACCAUAACAUCCUGGACCACCGCAUGGUCAAUGACAGGUUUGAGAGCAUUGCAUCCACUGCCCGCCUUGUCAUCGACAUGGUGAUGGAUGAGCUUAUGAUUGGGAGUUGCUAUAGCGCAAUUCAGAGUGCGCUUACAACUAGUUCUAUGAAGAACGUGUAUGCUUACAUUUCAACCUACGGAAAAGACGUCGGAAACAUCUCUCUUUAUGAUCCCGAAACAUCGCUAUAUUCAGAGUUUGGCAGUUCUCACAUACUGCGUGCACACGUACAGGGACAGGGACAGGUUGAUCCGAAUCCUCCAGAUUGCCCGUUUCUAUCAGCAAGAAGUUUUCUUAGUAUUCAGGACCCUGAUGUGUCCAGUAAUUUAACCAAAUAUAGCCUUCUGCACCCACAGUUUCAUAAACUAAUCCCGCAGCUAGACUUUUCAGUAAUCGACAAAACGCUGGAUGGAAUUUCGCUAUAUGGCAAUGGAUUCCACGUUCUCCCUGCCAAUGUCUAUCAGACCAUUUUUGCCAUCUCACUUCACGAGCUUAAGAAAAGCAUGGCAUCCCUCCUAACCUACUAUCGCUAUCUUUAUUUAUACAUACAGUAUGCCUCUCUUAUUCUGAUCACAAAGACACUAUCUUGUGAGCUGGAGAGUCUCGAAAGAGAUUUGCAAAGGCCUAUAGACAGCCCUGACAGUAUUCUUGCACAGCAGAACUUGCUAGAUCAGCUUGCUGGGAUUAAGCUACAUGAGCUGUACUCGUUUAUAUAUGAUGCUUCCAUCGUGCAAUACGAGAGCUUGUGCGCACGCUUCCUUGACACUCGAUCAGUCUUCACUGUGGAUGAGCUGGAAGACUCGGCAUUCUCACUGUUACAACGUAUCCUGUCUCUCAAGGAGAAGCAAGCUAUGGCAGUUGCAAUCUUCAAGCAGCGACGAGCACGGUUUCUGGAGCUCACAGCUAUCACUGAAGAUUGGCUGGAGACUGCCUCCAGGAUGCUUCUUGAUCAGAUUAUCACCGUUUCUUCCUUGACUAUUCCCGAUGCUGAGGGCUGUGAGAAGGUCUCUCUAUCUUCAUAUGAAGAUCAUUUCACUGUAAUGAAGAUGUUCACUGUGCCACCUAUAUAUCGAUCUAAGACAAUAGACGGUCUCCCAGCGGAUUCUGAUGCCGAUCUGGCAUUUUUCAAUAGCAUAUUCGGCGCAACUUCGCUUCUGAAUCUUCCUUCUCCUGAUCUGGAUACGCCCAUAUUGCUUCAAAGUAUUUGUCAUGAAGAUGCUAUGUUGAAGACCUUCGUUAUGAACGACAGCAUAAUUCCGUUCCGACUCAAGUCGGCCCAAUCUCUCCAUCAACCACAACACGAUUCAUUAUCCAAUCAGCUUUCAGUAGCACACUUUCUAUCGGUAUUAUAUUACGUCAGUGUUGAAUUACUUUCCCUUGAAACGCUAUUGGAGAGAUGGCGUGGUGCACUAGUUUCAACUGAUGAGCUGCUUCAGACAAGGGGCUUUUUAAGUUCUGCACCAUCAUUGCAACAGCUACACCUCUGCAUCCAGGUUUUCUAUACCGCGACUGUCUACCCCAUACAGCUGAACACGUUUCUUCAAGAAGCAGGGUCUUGGGACCUUUCUAUGCUUUUACCAUUUAUUCCCAGGCUUUACUCAGUACUAGACUCAACUCUAAAUGCGGUCCAAGUACUCUCCCUGUGGACUCAGCCUCUGGUGGAUAAUAUGCAACAUAUUACUGAGCUGUAUAUGAACUCCUUUGCACAAGGGAGCACACUUCUUAGAAGUUGGGAACCACGUCAUGAAUGCUACGGGUUUUCUGGUGGCGGGUUUUCCAUACUAGCGAGAACUGGCUCAAUGCUAGCAAAAGUUAUUCCAUCUGGCUGGAGGCGCUAUCUUCUACUCGUCCAAUCCUCUCUCCAGCACAUAGCCAACGACAUAGUUUGCCUGGAUCUUUUGGGUGCACCUUUCUUUACUACUUUCCACAAGAAAGAGAUACAGUCGUAUCUUCACAUACCAGACUCCCCACCUGUUGAUGAUAUCCUUGUGGCUAUUCACAGCACUGCAUGUGCCUCGGAGUUUCUUGCUUACCUCUACAUCAAGGCCCAGGCAGAUAGUCAUGCGAUUGCAGAGUUGGAAGAGGCAGAAAAGCUGCUGGGAGGCGUUCUCAUAUCUGCUAUCGAUCAUAUACAGCUCGACUCGCCCCCGGGAUACACCAAUCCGCGCUCACAAAAUUCAUAUUCUAGCGAUCUGUCCAGGUGUCCAAUUCCCCUAGUCCGUUUUGUCCCUGAAGCUUCCUCUCUCCAGCUUUCAAAGUCCGAAUCUAUUCUAACUUCUGUGGCGGCUGGGCCUCGACACCAUCAUGAUAAGAUUCCGGUAGCAGAAGUCGGAACACUGAAGGGUGCAAUCCUUUCAGUGGUACAGAGCUUAGACUGUCUGCCGCUUCCCCUACUUCCAUAUUCUAGCCUUCUACUCUGCACGACAUAUUCAGACGCGGUUCAUCGGCGCAUCCAAGACCUGCGUGCUGCUCUGCGCGCUACAACCAUUCUUUACCACAGUCUCUGUUACGUUCCUCGCCUCUUUAGGUACGCACUGACUAUGUACGGGUACGCGUCAUUUAUUGAAGCAAGCGUAAUCAACCGAGGUGUUAGGUCAAUGGCAGACCAUCCAACACUGCUAUACUCGGUAAAUGUUCUCACCAUGCAAGAGGCUACGACGCUUUUCAACAUAUAUGGGCAGUACUCGUCGCUUAUCAAUUCAAAGCUCAGCACAGGUACACCACUGGUUUGUUGUGCAACAAGUGCACCGGUCUAUAAACUUGUGGGAUCAGUGCUAAAAGAUCUAGAUACUAUUGUUCAUCGUCUUAUCACUGCUCCACACCUUUUUCUCUUCAGUAAGCUGCUGAGUAGCAAUCAGCAGCCACCAAAGGCACCCAAAAGUGUUGCGCAACGAGGUACGUUACUACUCACUGAGUACCAACCAAAGUUCUCCCCAACGAUUUCUUUAGGCGGGCAUGACACAAUGCAGCUUAAGCAUCUAGUGCCUUACCUAAAUGGCUCGCACCACUUCAUGAGUCUCCUUUUUCCUCUGUGGGCACCCGGGUCUCAUGUAUUUAUACCUAAUAUUAAGGAUUUGUCAAUCUGCACUCGGUGGGUUCGAAGCCAUGCGUUUCCGGGUAUUACUAGCUUAACCGCACCGUUCUUUCCUAAUGGCAAACAGCAGAUUACCGAGUUGGUGUCUCACAGUGAGACUUUGAGUCUAGUGCAGCCAGUGAGGUGCCCUACGCAGUUGUAUUCUCUCCCAGAUAUCCUUUUUAAGCCAAUAUCGUCUGCCCUGCUACGCUGUACCUCCCAGGUACUGACGGGGCUUCUGAAGAUUGUGGCUGCUAUGGACCGUCUCCCAUUGCAACAAACUCUCGAUCUCUUAUCGCUUGCAUGUCUGGCGUCAGUCCCGUCCUGCAAAAGCGACUUAGCAUUUGAGCUCCACACUAUUAUCAACUCCGUUGUUGUCAUAGUUAACUCAGCAGUAUACGAUGCGCUGUGCGUUGCUAUCUCUACAACCUUGAAAAUACUUUUAGAGGAUCAACUAAGAUGCAUGGCCCCAGAGGAUUUUGUGGAGAAGUUCAAGAACCAGAGGCCUAUUCUUCAGCGUACCUACUUAUUUCUGCAUAUUAUUUUGUUCACUUUUAAGGUACGAGCAGACGCUAAAAGUCAGUGUCAUGAUCCCCUUGUCCUGAUGAGCAACAAGGCAUGUAAGGAUUCCCCGCGAGUGAAGUAUAACGCCUCGUAUGGAGAUGCAUUGAAUAUUUGGAUCAUUGAGCGGUACAUGCUGCUUCUUAUGCUAGAGCACGAUCUUUGGGUAGAACUGAGAAGAGAGCAGGCCAGACACAAGGCAGCUACUGCGCACUUGCUGAAAGCAAUCUCGGAUGAUAAGACUCUUGCUCACACGCAUGCUGCUUAUUUGUCUGCUAACAAGACGUUUGAGUUUGCUGGGGCACACAUGGAUGACUACUUGCGCUGCACCAUUUAUCCUAUGAUAUUUCUACAAUUCACAACAAACGACUCCAACACUCAGUCCAUCGAUAUUACGCUGUCUAAUGAUAUGACCUCCUUCGAAACGUCGGCACACUGGAUUGGAGCUCCUCAAGCAGAGGAUCUCUAUUGCGUGCUUCCUCCCCAGCUUCAAAUAAGCAUGCUUCGUGUUUUGGAGAGCUUUAGACGCACAAACAUAGUCUUUUUGCUACUUGACAAGAUUCCUCAGCUAGACUGCUGUUCUUUUCCACGCUUCAUCUUGCGCCGACUUUCACGACUUAUGUUGUGCCAGUCCACUCUGCUUUUUAUGACUCCUACCACCUUCGAGAAAGACAUCGUCCAUCUGAUGAUCCGCCUUGCAGCUGGUCUUCUUGUAGGGAUUGUCGGCUUUGAAUUACUUGAAACGGAACAGCAGAUUCUGAUGACGCAUAUAUUAAAAGAGCUGCAGUGCCCUACCGGUCUAAUCCCUGGCCUAGCUGUGGUCUCGCCCAUCUCUGCGAAGGCUCGGGCAACCAUAGAAAGUCUUGAAUUUGGAAACAAGUGGUCAUCUAUGACUAUUGACGACCAGGGCAGCUUCCUGGGCACCUACGUCACUAUUCGUGAUGCUUGUGUCUCUGACGUGCUGCCUCAGCCCCAUGGAAUGGGUAAGAUUGUGAUAUUUAUGCACUGCUUACUACCUGCGGACUUAGGUAGCGCAGGUGCCAAGAUAGCCUCUUCACAAUGUCCGACAAGUGAGACGCCUGCCCCACUUAUUGAUCAGUUCGGGCAUCCGUUGUGUGUGGAUAAGCAUGCAAAAUCUAUUCUAGACAACAUAUAUGCCCCAGAGCUGAUUUACUUUUCAUUCUAUAGUGCAUACGACAUUAUUAGUCAUAGUUCUAUGACGGUCCUAUCCAGCGUUCUCGAUGUCAAGUGGAUUGCUCCGGUUGGUCGUUUGUCAGCUCUUUCGAUUGCUUCAGUGCGUCUUGCACAGAUUAGCUCUUUCAUUAUCGGUGAGGUAGACGAGUUGAUGAUACUCUCUAGAUCUGCUUCAGACUCUCCUACAUCUGUAGCGCUCUCGGCAUUGCACUACCUACUGACCCGUGUGCCGUUAGACAAUAAGGAUGCGAGUGCUCUUCGGAACACACUCUGGUCGGUCAGAACUGCUUUAGUGACUAGCUUCAUGUUGCCUAAGGCAGAUUCUGACAUCCUUACCAACGCCAUAGAGGCAUACUUGUCACUACAAAUCAAUGGUAUUAGCGAUUCACUGUUCUAUAGAUAUACUGUUCAGUAUUUCUAUCCUUUCUUUACUCAAUGCUAUAAGAACCGUCUCUCCUUCCUCAUGAUCAAGUACAAUCAGUCCUUCACGCUUAUCUAUACUGCUGUUACAAUUUCGCAAAUGCUUGAGAUUAGUAUUUCCCCUAUUCUGAUGGUGUCCUGCUCGUAUGAAUUUGCAUGUGAAGUUGCUCAGCUGGUCUGUGAUAUGAAGGGGUUGACAGCUAUCCGCACAACAGACCAUGCUGAAGUCCAGCGGUUACUGGGUCGACAUGCAGACUUGUGUGUGCAGAGCCUCAUUGUUUACCAAGUACGAGCUCUGUCCGAUCUUCACUCCAUCUCAGCUGCAAUGUUCGAUCUCUCUGACAUUACCCCAGUACUUAUAGUAGUGUCCAAUUCGUUUUAUCAGCAACACUUGCCGGCGAUCACUUACGUAUAUAAGAGGCAGUUCAUUCUACCAAUCGUACCUCGUUCUAUUCCCCACGAGAUGGAAUUUUUACUGUCUCCGAUAUUACCUCACAGGAAUAUGGAUAGGGAGAUACCACCUAGUAGUCUAUGCUUAUCACAGGAUGCAAGCCACAGCGCUACUUCCUUCUAUCCAUCUCUUCUGCUGAAUCCGUCGGCAUGUGGGAUGAAUCUGCAACGGGAGGUGUCUCUGUUGCUCUCCGACAGUGAUCCAUCGUUUAUUGUUCCGCUCCCAAGCGUCUCUCAUAUUACAAGCGCGUGGAUUGCAGAGCGUUCUGUGUAUUCAUUUACGCGAAUAACCGAUUACGUGAUCCAAAGAGUUUAUAGCCUGUUCAUCCGGAUCAUUUUUCCGUUCUGUCUUCAGGGCAUAGUUGAAGUGGUGAGGAAGGAGUUUACCCUUGUCUUUGGAGGUGAGCAUAAGCUCCUUUCUGUCGCUCCGACCAAGGUCAUGGCUAGUCUGAUCUGGUAUAACCUUAUUCAAUUUAAGCUUGUGCAGCGCAGCGAUUGUGUUCCUGGCAGAGAGUUCUCUGCAAACCCUACCAAUGAGAAGAGGUCUUCUAAUGACUUAGAUACUUUCCCCCUCUACUUUUCCCCGGACAGUUAUGAUGCUUAUCUUUCAGGAGAACUCACAGCCUUUCAAAAAGCCCCUAGUAGCCCCAAUCCUUCGAAGUAUGCGUACUUUCCCGAGUUUCAGGGGUUGGACAAAAAGUCGAUCCCACCUAAAUCGGAUUUAUUUUCUCAGUUCAUUAAUGGCACUCACUGGAUAUCUGAUGCAUCAAACAUAAGUACCCUUAAGUUCUGUGAGGAGACAAUCCAGUCUCUUUUCCAUGUCUCCCCUAAUGCGACCUUGGGUCUUGUACAUCUUCUCAUGUUCAUCUUCUUUGCAGCAUGGAACGCAUACUCCUUGACGUACUUGAUUAGCAGAAUGUCUGAUAUUAGUUCGCCAGGACCUCUUUCUGAGAUUAGUCAAACGUUUCGUGCAUCUAUUUGCCGGCUUCUCACACUCUUUGGGUUUGAACUUAAUGCGCCAGAUCGCAAUGCCAGUCCCUCUGCCGCUGGACAUUACACUCUAUCAGGCUAUCUCCUUUCAGCUUUGCACAUAACCGUCCUGUUGGAUUUGUGGGAGAAGGGUAUCAAUACACCAAUGGCUACUAUGACAUAUGAACAGCGGGAUAAGCAUAUACUUCUUAGUGAGUACAUCAGCAAAGUAGUUGCUACCAAACGUUUCUGUCUACGAGAUUCCAUAUGGACUACCCUCAACGUUACGGCAUCUGAUUGUGCAUUGGCCUUUGCCUCUGCAGCGUCCUCUAUCCAUGGAUCGCUCCAGAACCUUAUAGGUAAGUUUGUAAGCUCAUCAAGCCCCGGCCUUUCAGAGGUGUUUGCUUAUGUCGUGCCAUCUCUCGAGAACAAGGACCCUGGAUGCCAGCGCAUUACAUUUUCAUACCUGAGCUACAAGAUAGGGCAGGGAAUACUCUCAACUUUGUCGUGUGCCUCGCAGACUCAGAUUUUGGACAACAUUUCACUUGACGGGGCAAUACUAUACGAGCUGAAAAAGGGGGACAUAAAAGACCAAUACAAGAAGUUGUGCUCUGACAACUUCAAAGAUAAUGCGACUGAUCAUCAGGCAAGAUUGGCAAAGCUGCGCGACGAUCUCGUGCUCAGUACAAUAGCUUAUUCAUAUGGCAUUCCUAGCUGCUAUCAAUUUUCCAUCCAAAAACCACUGUCUCCUACAUUAUUUAUUGAUGAGCCUCGCACCGCAAUAGUGGUGCUUAUUGCUGCAUGUUCCACCUCAGCGAUGCUCUACCCUUCGGGUGUGUUUCUAGAGGUUUGCGGAGAUGAAAGUAUGGGCAAGACAUCACUGAUUGAGAUAGCUGAACUUUUGAUGCAAGACACCUUUGGUCCGUGGGCCCGUCUCACCGAGACUGCUACUGCUUCUGCUGGUGAGAUCUGUAAUGCAUUUCAUUCUUAUUACGAUAAGCAGGGCACAGCUGCCCUUUUUCUGAAUAAGUUAUCCAGAUGGUCUGCUGGCGUGCUACACGUACCAAACACUUCUAAACAGGAUGACCGGGAUUCACUUUUCUCCCAACUAGCACAGCUGUCAGCUUCGGCACCUCCUAGGCAAAGGACACUUGGAGACGGGUCUCACAUUGUUGGAGAGUUCAGCCUUAUGAAUACCACGUUGAUAGUUGAAAGACGACACGACACUCGCUUGUCUACUCAUUCAUGUAAAGAAACAAUAGACAAAAUCACCGUAUCAUUACCACAAUUAACCCUAGACCACGUUCUAUCCUUGGUCCAAUUAGCAUUUUCCUCAAAUAGAAGCAUUUGCUAUGAGAUGCUGAACAAAGCCGUAUCAUUUUUAUUCUCUAGCUACCCAGACCUUUUUUCUAAUUAUGAUUUUCUCGCUGAUCUACAGCGCUGUCUAUUCUGGUUUCCUCAGCUGCCUUCUUCUUCGGCUCUAGAGACUGAAGCCUUUGUUAUUAGGGAAGCUUAUGCGCACUGCACCGUAUGUGCUCUUGCUGCUGCCCUUCGGAAUGUUCCUAGUAUGUCCAAUGCCAAAUUGGUAUCCAUUCUGGACGGGUUACUUCCUGCUAUUGGUGCUCGAGCGCUCAACAUAUGCAGCCUGCAAGCGUUAGCACCGCAGUGGCAAGUUGAUGUGAUUGAGACCUAUUUGCAAGCGCACAAUAAAGAAGAUCGUAGAGCAUUGGAACAAGACGAUGGUCAGCCACCAACUACAGGCCAAUCAGAGAACAAUGAUGAGAGCAAGCCUUCACAAGUACCCAGAGCUAAAGAACUAACUACAGAGAUGCAUGAUUUAAGAGCCUUCUACAAUACUUGCAGUGCUGCUGUCGCCGGGAUACCAGAUGGACUAUGUUACUUGAUCGGCAUCCUCUUUCAGAAAGUCAGUCAAGAUGAUAAUUCUUUGGUUAAUUCAGUUGAGUCUCUUCCUCGUCGAGAGGAUACUAAAAGAUUUGAUUCAGCAGCCCCUCUAUCAUCUAAGAUCUAUUCGCAAUUCAAGGUCAAUCCACUGGAGGUCGGCUGCGCAUGUGGAUGCAUUAAUAUCAACUUAGACUGGCUUCAAAGGUUCCCUCGUUACUUUGAGCUCUUCACAGCUGACCUAUAUCUUGAACAUGUGGCGUACGAUCGCCAGCUUGCCGAGGCAAAGAUGAGACAUAUCCCUCCACCAGAUACCCCACGGUACAUAAGCCCAUCUCUGGCUCUCCGUGUCUUUGAAAUGCACACAGAAUCAAAAGCCAUGGGAGAGCAUAUUGUGAAAGUUAUAUCGUGUCUUCAAGAGUAUUUACGUUCUCCUCUUCCAUGCAUUCACCCCACCCAUAACUUGUAUUCAUGCUUGUGGAAGCUCUUUUUGUGGGGCAUGCUGAUGUCACCAGCAAAGCUGAGCAGGCUGAUACUGAAUUCUAUGCGUGACUGGCCCACAGAAUCUUCUGGAAAGUACAUUGAUGCAUACAGAGUCAUACAAGCCCAUACCACUUCUGGAAGCUUUUCCGAUGAAGCCACUGACCAUAUCAUCGACGAGCUGCUUUCACUGCAUACUGAUUCACCAUGCCUAUUAUCUCUUGCUCUUACUGAAAAAGAACCUCCAAUGAGCAAAGAGCCACAAAGGCCGUCUAAUUUUGGGGUCUCUUUGGACCUCAGGCUAUCGGACCUCAAGGACUCCUUCAGUUUGCAGCCUGCCUCGUCGUCUGUCAUUCUACCUCACAACUAUCUUCCUGUUCAAUGGCCCACAACUCCGCUACUGCCUAUUAACUUGUCUACUUCUAUAAUCACUAUUCCCUGCUAUAGACUAUACACACCAUUUGCUGACUACAAGCACUUUCAACAAAUUUCAUAUCUGCUCCAAGCAUUGGAGGGCUACACAUCAUUUUUAGAUCUGAAGCUUGAACACCUUUACUUAAGUAAUUAUUCUAAUGAUACCCCUGCGCUUUCACUUGCAUCCGAUCAACUGCUUUCCUCUAGAACCAAGGGCUCACCAGUAUGCGGAGGCUCUGCCAAGGAUUGUCGAGGCCGACUGAAUGAUCGUGUUCUUGUUGACAUUGACACGAUCGUAGCCUCAGUUAGUCAUGUGUCUGCAGGCGAAAAGGAGAAGAGCACUGACAAGCCCUCUAACCGCACGGCGGAGAGCUUUGUGAAGAAUCUGUCAAUAGCUGUGCUGGAACUUUCUGCGUAUCUAUCUAGUUUUGAUUCUGACUUUCUCGCUACUCUUAUGCUACUGAGAACCGCAGUUUGUCUUGCUGCAGGUGUUAACCCGAUUUACUUUUUGUAUACUAUCAAUCAUACAACUGCCCACAGCAUCAGUCAAUUUGGAUUGCUGGCCCCGCUUGCAGAAAGUCUUCUGCGCACUCCCAGUACAAAGUACUUUGAUUCUGGGGUUUCUAGUGGGGCCGCCUUCACUUGCAUGUACACUGAUGAGCCGCUGCUGCACACUCAUUUGCCGUCUAUACUUUCUGUUCCAGGUCACUUGGAGCAUUAUGUUAUGCACACAUUCAAUAAGAAUUGCGGCACAAUGUCUGAGUUCGCUCAUCGUUUUGAACAAGGUGGCGGAAUGAAGGGCCUGCUGGAGCAAGGAGAGUCUCUUAUGAAAAAGUACCUCAUAGAGCCCUCUUGCGUUACUAUCCUUUCCUCAAUGGAUAUCCUCAUGAGCGCAGCCACCGGAUGGCCCGCCCUGAGCUGUCUCCUUCAGACAACGAUCACUCCAGGCAAUCUUGUUAGGGCACUGUUCACUUCCGAAGAGCUUUCUAUCAUUCUUGCAUCCCUGUCACUCAAUGCUGGCCUUGGAAGGCAUCUCAAGGCAGAAGAACUACAUUCCAUUCUAGCCUCCAAUCUUAAAAUAUAUGUAUUGCAUAACGGCUCGAUUGACUGUCUAGCCACAAUGUCACAUCCUCUAGACAUUAGGAAUUUUGGCAUAAAGAAGCUCCUGCGGUCUCCUGAUGAUACAUUUGAUGGCUCCUUAGCUAUGUUCUUUGAUGUGCUCUCAAAGUUUUCUAUCAGGUCUACAAAGAUUGAUUUUCCUAGUGUGCACACCAUUUCCCUCAAUCCCUUAUUUCCUGUAGCAAAGUAUACGGCCGAACAGCUGCUUAUUCACUGUAAGGUUAACGCCUGUCAGCUGUCCAAGGUCGCUAAUCUCCCAGAACAACUGAGCAUAAACUGGGAAGCACACAAGGUGGCAGUACUUCUAUCCUGUCUCUCACUUCACAGGGCGUGCUCUCGUUCUUCUCACAAUUGGCAGGUCCCCCUCCAGGCGUAUAUCAAGCUUACGGUUGAUGCCAUUGGGAUGAUCUUCUCACGUGCACAGCAAUAUUAUGCCAAUGUCAAUAGCAUCAAUAGCCUAUUCAAGGCGUAUGCAUACAUGACAAGAGAGGCUCCGUUGCAAGGGUUAAAGACCCACGACUCUCUGUAUCCUGACAUUUAUGUCACCCGCUUUAAUAAUGCGCAAGAUUCUAUCCUUCCAAUAGAAUCAAUGUCGUCUAAAUACCUGCAAUAUUUUGUGGGCAAUCUGGUGUCGCAUGAUAGCAAGGUCUUCGGAGAGCUUUGCUACAUGCGAAAUUGCCUUUAUUCGUGUCUGGAGGCGUGUAAGGGAUAUAGUAAGCUGCUUGCUUCUAUACUAGGACAUGUAUGUUACGAAGCCCCAGUUCUGGUUGCUUGUAUGCUUUAUGGAGUCACUGGACUAUUAGAUCGCCCCACAAGUGAUGGCGCACGCACAACUGCCUUAGAAAUCCUGAUUGAAGCACUGCAACAGGAUGGAUUAACCAUCAUGCUUCCCAGUUCAAGGAGUCGCUCAAGCAGUUCGUCUUCGGCUUCUAAUAGACUUAAGUUAUUCUCAGUUUGGACUGAGCAUGACCUACAAUCCACCGAUCUCUUCUUUAGACACUUCCAGGUUUCUCUGUGUCUGGAUACACCUCUCUUUCUGGCCGAGAUACUCUUUAGGGACACCCUCAAUAAUCACGAAGUCUAUAGGCAUCUUCUUUAUGCCGGUAUGCUAUUUCUUCUUUUGGGACGACGAAUCUUUCUAACAUAUAGCGUGCUGGUUCCACCUCUUAUCUUCACGCUGGUAGCUAGCCUGCGUCGCUUUGAAACUCCUUUCUGCCGUCUCUAUGAAGCAUUGGUCGGAGUGUCAAAUACGGCAGAUCCUGCUCAUUCUCUUAGAUCAACGAAUCAGGCAUUAUACACAUACAUACAUCACAUCAGGCAAAGAAGGGUUGAGCUGAGUGUCCGUCAACCAUAUAAACAAUUCUGUGCAUCGGUGGCAAAGGCUCUGGCCGAGUCUGAUAAGGCGAUUGUGUUCUCCGAUGUGGGUGCACGACAAGUUCCACAAAAUAACUACUCUCUUCUCAGAAAGCUGCUUCUGCUGGCAGCUACAACCCGCGUUGAUGCACGACAGCAGAUCACUCUUGGUAGUCAGAUUACAUAUUUAUUUCAACCCCUUUCUGAGUAUAUUUUCAUCAUUAGCCUUUCACCAGAUUACGACCCCAGUCUUACGCCUGUCUCAGUUUUACAUGCUCUCCACCAGGCAGAGAUGCACAGAUCAGGCAUGCUAGGGUCUGUGAUCUUCCUCUGUAAUCUCUCACCUUGUCCUGGAUACGACCCAGAGCCAGCAGAGUGUGCAGCUGUCACAGAUAUGUUAACGGAAUCUGUAUUCGGUCCAGAAUUUACUAGCUUGUCCAUACUCCACAGAAGAAGUACUAUGUUCGCUAAGCUUUCUCUGUCAUUAAACACAUUUAUCGACACAUUCCACUCCUAUCUUUUAGAGUACGGCGUUGGGGUCUUUCCUAUUAACGAAUCCUUCCGUAGCGAAAAAACAAUUAUGACAGCAGAAGCGUACACACAACGCCGAGCAGAGAUAGAAGUGAUGCUUUCUGAUUUCUCGAGCGCUUAUUCUACUGGAUCAAAUAGCUUCCAAAGUACAAACCGUGGCUACAAGCAGCUCACUUGUGCUCAUAGUAGCGGUGCAAAGGCCGCCUCGUCAGUUUCUAUAUUAUUAGACCUGCUUCGCGAGGUGUGCUUAUUAUUCUAUGCACUUAUUCCAGGCGCAGAUCGUGCUCUUCCUCUGAUGGAUCUGCAAAACAGGAGUUCCUAUCCGAUCGGAGAUGAGGUGUCUCAAUUUUCAGUGGGCCAAUCAGUCAAUAUUCUCAAUGAGAUUCAGCUCGGUUAUCUAUUGCGGUCUCGAUGGCAUGUCUGGAUUGAAGAGUGCGCUACAUUGACGUGUGACCUGCUUCGGUAUUUGCGAACACAGGCUAAAAGGGACCCUACACUAUUGAUCGAAACAAACAGGGCUGCACUAACGCCCUUUCAAAGAACACUCUGCGGUCAACUAACGAGCUUCUAUAAUAGUACAAUCAAGACUGAAUUAAAGCGGUUUUUCUCAGCUCACUCACCACUAAAAUCCGUUAGUACAGCAUCUUCUAUCGACAAUCAGUGUGAUUCUCGAGAUCAUGCGGAUCAGCCGACAACGCUUCUACAGACUAACUUCAUAGCAGACCUGAUUACAUUUCGCUACGAUUCCUUAAAGUAUCCUGUCUUUUAUUACAUAGUGCUCUACCCUCGCAUACUCAUAGACUUUGUCCUCCAACAGAUUCUUAGAUAUAUGCUUUCUCGUCUAACUUCAACCUCAGCACUUCCCCACGCUCACAUUCACAAAUUGUUUCUUACGCUAUGCACGCUGUCAAGACUAGGGCCCUUAGAAGAUGAGCUUUGUAAUGAUAGAUCUACUAUAUCGAGGGGAGAUUUAGAAGUGGCUAUUUUGCACAACGAUUUGCGCUUACUGAUGGACGCACAGCCUCAUUUCGGAUCGCAGCAGACACAUGAUAUCGACAUCAAGUUGCUGACAUGCUUGUGUCCUCAGUCUCUUGAGGAGAUGGCUUCUUUUAUCCAUACCUGCCUGCUGUCACCACCAUUGCCGUCUCAUUCAACUACUCUACCAGACCCCAGUAUUAACUACGCUUUAGACAAAAUUGUACCCUCACAGUUUUCUAUUACGAAGGAAGCUAAGCAACUCUUCCUUUCUUGUGUAGUUAUUUCACGAUUUAGCGAGGACUCCGUUGACCUUCUAUCGUAUUUGGCUGAAAAUCCAGCUGCAAUCUUGGUGUGCUCUCAGUAUUCUUGUCUACUAGUGACACUUGUGUCUUUGUACCUAUUAGAUGUCGGUGCAAGGAGCUCACUAGAGCAUCUCUUAGAUAGAGACCCUUCUGUAGCCGCAAAGCGAUGCGCUGACUUGGAGCACUGCAUUGCUUCCUUGAUGGACGCAGAACUAGAAAAGGACAGGAAGCACCUAAAUUUAACCUAUGUGCCCUUACUAUUUCAGAAACCGACCAUGAAAGGUAUGUAUCUCGCCUUCCUUCUUUCUGUUUUACUGCGUCCAGAAUCAUUUACAAUUGCAUCUACGCUACUGCUCCAGAUUUGGGGACAAUAUACAUCUCCAUUGGGACACGGUCCUAACCUGUCGAACAAACCCUCUAUCUUCGUAUCGGAGCAACCUCAAAGGCCAAGGCUACCAGUCAUGUCGCAUGAAGAGAAGCAUUGUGCCUUUCCUGCAGGCUUUCUCCAAGUGGAUGAGAAAGGCAAAGCGCUUCCAGAAACGUGCAUUUGUGACUCAGUCGUUUCGCUACUCCGGGCAGCUCAUGCCAUGAUAGACUCUACCCUAACUCUGGUCUCAAAGCGUCACGAGCUGACACCAGUGUCUAACAAUCUCACCAAUCAACAAGUCUCAUCCUUAGUUUGCGAUGCGCAUGCUUGUGGUUCUUCAGUAGAAGCUAUUGAGGAGGUAGUUGAGCACUGCAGGUGCUACUUCCCUUUGACCAUAGUGUUCUCUGAGGGAGAGAUGUUUUCCUUAGACGAACUAUUUGCUCUGGAUCGGCGUGGUUAUGGCGAUGUGACACAAUACUCAUUUGGGGAUGUACCAAUUGUUUACCAGUUUCCAUCGUCGUGGACAGACUUCCAUCGGCAUUCUACAGUGUGUUUACUAUCCAGUCCUGCAUGCUUAGCUGACGAAUUAGAGAACCUCUUAUGCCUUAUUAACAUGCACCAGUACUUUAAUACAACUGGUAUGCCAGCAUUCCCCGUUUGGCUGAUCAUUCCACAACAUACCGUUAACCGGGCAAUUGACGCAAUGGGAGCAAGGCUGAGCCACAUACUAGAGCAAUUAUUAUAUCUAAGCAGACCCAUAAUUGUUAGAUACAAACAGCCAUCCGUGCCAUCAGAUCUUUACAAAGCUGCUUUGACACAUUAUUUUUUACAAACAGAGACCCGCAGAGCACCGACAAUCCAUCAACUCGACCUACUAGUUGUAGGAUUGCUUCACACGUGCACCCAUAGAACACUACAGCUCGGUAUCGAAUCUGGACCGGGGAUUCUCCGAUAUCUUGACUUCUUAUUCACUGCACAACACGGUGCAGAUCAAGCCCCUUGUCCCGCGCUACUAUUCACCCGGAGUCUUAAUAGGUUUUUAUUUCUCUGCUCAGGAGAUCCGCGCUACUUCAUGAAUGAUAGAGCCAGAUGUGCAGUACAAAGCUGCUUUGAAUACUACAUAGUGCUCAAGGUUCUGGGCAUCAAAGGGAGCCUCCCACUACAUGGAAGCAAACAGGUGCUUGCGACCAGAGUGUGUCGGUCUCAAGUACAGUAUAAAUGGAGAAAAAGUAGUCUUCGUUUGGCGGAGAAGGAAAAAGACCCUAUCAGUUCCAAUACAGUCGUUGUAGAGGGGCUAUGUUCACAAGAGCAGUGGAGAGGUUCUAACGCAAACCAUGGCACUGACGGGAAACUUGAUUCAGAAAAUACCCCUCGUCUUCUUAAGGAUAUCAUGGCACUAAUAUCUCCAGAUAGGCUUAUAGAGAGCGUUAUCUCUCCACUACUUACACUCGAGCUACCAUCUCAUGCCCCAAUUAAGUGCUUGACAGGUUCUAAGAUAGUGUCUAUUUUCGAUCGCGUAUUGAAGACUUUGCUUGCCAACGAGGAGCCAUCUUCAAUGAGAGGCCCCUCGUAUGGCGAGUUAGCAGAGUUUCGAAGCAUCCUUAAUGGGCACGUGAAUACGACAAAGAACUCCAUGUUGCAUUCGCUUUCAUGCAGAGAUAUUCCCGUCUGUUCUGUCCAGUCUUCCCUUAUCCAGAUGCUACUAGACCCUGCAUGUAAGAUUGAGGAAGGGGCUUGGAAGGUCUCUUCGGUCCAGAAAGAAAAUGGCUUACAAACCUUACUAUCAAUCCUACAAUUGUCGCUAGCAUUGCAUAGGAAUGUUCCCGCUGAAAGAGUCUGUUUCCUCGCUUUUCUCAACGACCCGCCCGGGAGGCUUUAUCUAACUAGCUCUGGAGUUCUUACCUUUGCAGAUACCGAUGCACAUAGAAGCUGCACUGAACUAUAUCGUUUUCCCAUUUGUCUGCAACUUACUAAUCUAGUGUUUUCCGCAGGCACUUAUGACUCCUCCAUCCAAUCUCUUGUCUCGGCUACAGCAGAGCAAGAGCAAGGAUAUGUCCACACUAUUAGCGCAUAUAUUACGGCAGUUGCACUUCCUGAAGCCUGUCCACUGUCCACAAUACAGCCACCUGCAGGCUAUAUUUCCAUUUCUAUCCAAGUAGGAUACAUACCACUUUCAUGGCUACUGCUCCCUCAAAGUGAGGAUGCUUCAGUCGAGGAUCCUCCAGUAAUCAACAUAGCAGAUGUGUAG